UGCAACUAUAGUGAACAUUUACUUCCUGAAACUGAAUUGGGAGAUGACGAUUUUUUGAUUUCAUGAUAGAGCCAAGUCAUGAGUGCAGAAGACUCAAACCCAGCCGCCACACCCACUCCCUGUGAAGACACCCAGGGAGAUGGACGAUGGAUGUCUCUGCACAACCGCUUCGUGUCUGAUAGCAAAGACAAAGAACCUGAUGUCCUGUUUGUUGGAGACUCUCUUGUUCAGCUUAUGCACCAGUUUGGGAUAUGGCGGCAGCUGUUCUCUCCUCUCCAUGCCCUUAAUUUUGGGGUGGGUGGUGAUGCAACACAACAUGUGCUGUGGAGACUGAGCAACGGCGAACUGGAUAACAUCAGCCCAAAGGUUGUAGUGCUGUGGGUAGGCACUAACAAUCAUGGUCACACUGCAGAACAGAUCUGUGGAGGCAUCAUGGCUAUUGUCCAAGUCAUCAAGAACAAGCUCCCCCAUGCCCGGACGCUUGUACUUGGUGUACUGCCCAGAGGUAAAUUGCCAAAUCCUCUGCGGGAGCGAAAUGCCAAGGUGAACAAGCUGGUCCAGGAGGCUGUAUCGUCCCUUCCCCACGCCUCUUUCUUCAAUGUGGACCCAGGCUUUGUCCACUCCAAUGGUAGCAUCUCCCAUCAGGACAUGUAUGAUUACCUUCACCUGACCCCUCAGGGCUACCAGGCUGUGUGUGAACCCUUGCAUGCCCAUCUCAAGUCCAUGCUAGAUAAGCCAGCUGAGAACUGAGCAACCAGGGCACAAAUUUACACUACUGCAGUGGUCCUCAUCCCUGUUUCCAGAGAGCAUCACAUUCAGCUAAUUAACACCUUGAAUAAUGGAUAGAAUCAAUUAUUAGGGGCUAAGAGCUGCACAUAUUAUUUGUGUAAGUCCUCUUCAUGGCCAGGGUUGGUGACCACUGUUACAGAUAAUGGGACCAUAAAGUUUUUUGUGUUCAUGAUACAGUCAGAAAUUAAAUGUGCUGUGCUAUAGAGAGACAAAGUCUUACCUCAAUUCCUGGUAAGUAUCUGUUCCACUAGCUUUUGGUUCUCAAAGUGUUUUUCCAUAGAAGGAUUACUAAACUUCUCUGCCACAUGAUACAAAUGAUGAAUAUGAUAAGGUGAACUCCCUGUGCGUCAACCAUGGAGGUCAGAGCCAGCUCAGCAAGGACAAUGAAAUGACAUCUGAAGGGAUUACACUGGGUGAUAGUUAUACAUAAAUCAGAUCAAGAUAUCUGCUUUUCAGAAGACACCUUCUAUGACAAAUUGCAUUGUCUGCCUGAGGCUACUGGAACAGGAACUAGUUGGAAAAGAAUGUGAGACUUUGGCUCUUUAGGUGCCAGGAUAUGUCUGGUAAAAAAAGAUCCAAGAACUGCCCUUAAAAUUGCUGUAAUUUGUCAUUUUGGUUUCUCUGUUUCACUAAGUUCCAAGAGUUACAUUUAUUUGGCAAUAGCUUUAUUUACUCUGUUGUGAUGUCUGAUGUCUUUUGUAUAUGUUAAUUUGAAUGACCUAAUGUUUUUGAUUGACCAUUACUGUCUACUUGCUUUUUAUCAUGUCACAUGUUGUCUCAUUAUUGUCCUUGUACCUUAUUGCUUCACCUAUUGUAACAGCAUCAGAUUUUGACGUGAGAGCCUGUGCUUUGUUGCAAACAUAGAUGUAUUUGGGUAGGUUGUGAAGUUGUAUAGAUAUAUCUAAAGUUGCUUGUGCUUCAAGUUUAAUUUCAUCUGCAACAUAAUGGCCCAUCAGACCAUCUAAAAAGGCUUUACUUCACACUAAAAUGCUUCUGAGCCUCUUGGAUAAGGAUUGUGCUGCAGAACUUGAAUUAUGCUUCAGGGUGGCUGAUUGUGUAAGUGAUGAAAGAAUGCAUUAAAUAUGAGAACAACAUGGUUUCAGUGUCCCUUGAUUGAUCAGCUCUGCGUGCUGAUACUGAGUAAGAGACAUUGAUUGCCACUGAUGCAGUGCUACAUUUUUAUGCCUCAAGACUCAUCACUAACCAGCAGGUUCAUUAAGAGUACACAUACACAGAUCAGGUCCACGAGAGAUUUAUUGCUUUUGGUUGACAGGUUUUGUUCUGGUCUCAGACAUGGUUGUGAGCAAAGCUACAUUUCUGAAACUUGAGGAGGGUGAACAAGUCUCGCUUUGCCCUUAACCUGUAUACAACCUCAUCAACAUCAGUGCACACAUAAUACAAUACCCCAUACUUACAAUUCUAGCUGUUGCCUAGGUUAUAGCAAGCAUGACCUUACAUGUGACAGUAUCCAUUGUUGUGGUGUUGACAGGGCUGAUAACAAGCACCCAUAAUUGUGAUAGAUUGUAUGCCUAUCUGUAUAGCAUGAAAUGCUUUAGCCAGGAAAGAAUGUUUGUAAUUCACAAUGUGUUAUUCACCAAACACAAGCGGUAAGAUGUAUACUGAAAACAAAAUUUGAUCUCAGCUUGGAUCAGUAAGAAAGAAAAAAGCAUUGAACUCAAAAUGUAUAUGUGACACAGUUGACCAUUCAAACUAAGGUCAUAUAAUAAGACCCUGUAAGAAAAGUUUCACGUAAGACUUAAAAACAUGGGCAUUCAAAUAGUCUUUUAGUGCAGGCCAACAUCACGUGGGUCCCUCUCUUUCUCAUGACAUUGAGCCAUUGCUCAAAACCACAAUCCGGUUUUUAUUUUUUUGGCAAAGGUACAUAUUUCCUAUUGUUCACAGCCACCCACUGUAAAGGUGCCGGCUGGGCAAGACACUCUUCAUAUAACUGGCAAGUGAUGAAUGUGCCACGGCUAUAAUUUCAGACAUCAACACCAUCCUUUAUAAGGAGCCACAACAACAGCAACCAUUUCAUUCUCUCACUGGGACUGAAGUUAGUGCACAUGUAGGAUUUCUUUCCCUGGACUUAUUGUAUUGUACUUGGUUUACUUCAGCAUGGGAUCAAGGGUGUUUUUGCUGUUGGUUCUUUUACUGCUUAUAUUUACUGAUCACAGCCAAGGUGUUCCUGAGACACAUGAAAAGUCCUCAAUUAUCAGCACAUUCCCUGAUGCCUCUGCUGUUGGAGAACCACCGACAACUGCAAAUUCAAUCAACUCCCCAAGACAGCACAACAGACAGUGUAACUGUAAAGGAAAGAGAAGAGAGAUGGCGGGUACAACCUGCUUUUGUCAGCAGUUUACAAGACGCCAUGGCAGGCAUGGAAAAUUGAAAGUAUCUUGCCAGUGGAAAAGAACGAAGAAUGUGAAGAAGUUUUCCAAACUGAAGAAGGCCUGUAAAACCAAGGCGUUCGUUCUCAGUACCCCCAUAUGAACAACAAUAAGAAGCACUCCUUAUAUACAGUAUGUGUGUGAUGUUUAUGCAGUGAUCUCUGUCAUACAUAUUGCUUUGUAUAGAAGUUGUAUUUUUUUAAAACAACAAAGUGUUUAUGACUCAAAAAUUUGCAUGACUGGCUUCUGAAUCAGCACAAAGACAUUGUAUCGUCCUCAAUAAAUUCCCCACAAAAUUGA